AUGGUCUAUCACGGCCCUAGCACUGGCUGCAGGGCCUGUCGAACCCGCCGGGUGAAGACUUGUCCAGGUUACGCCGAUGUCUUUGAUGGGGCACACCGGAAUCAAAAUCAUGUUGUCAUCCGAAGGAUGGAAAAGCAGAAUGCUGCAAGGGAGGUAGAGUCUUCCACCAGCACUCCCAGCAGUGAAGGUUCUUCAGACCUCAUAACGACGGCCACCAGCACAACAACCAGAUCAUCGAUAGAGAAAACCCAGGGCCCGCUUCAAUGGGUGAUAUAUUCAGCAGCUACAGAAGAGAACCUUGAAGACCAAGACGACCCCCAGCGCCUCGAGCGGGUGCAUGCCUUUGGAUCUAGCGGUUCUAGAUCCUAUGAUACUCGACUCACAAUAGCUGAGUCGAUUAAGCCGGACCCUCAGGAUGCUUCCAUCAAUUUCUUCUUCCGCUAUUACACAGGAACGAUUUACGACUCUCAGCUUCACAAUUCUUUUGCACUCAUAUGGCAGCCAAUGUACCUAAAGUCGUCGGCGAAUUCACCUUUGAGACUUGCAACGGCUGCAGUGACAGUCAACGUUACGAUGAUGUGGAAUUUUAGAGGUUGCGACGCACGGCCAGCCCGACAGAUUUUCACCAGGGCCCUCGAAGCAACGAGAAAGGCAAUUAGUGAUCCGGCGAAGAGUAACAUGGAUGAGCUCCUCAUGACAAUCUUGAUCUUUGACCUUUACGAUUCAUUGGUCCUGCACUACGUACCGUCUAUUUUGGCCUCUGGCAAACACAAAGAUGGAGCCGUUGCCUUACUCAAGCAUAGAGGACAUGACAACUAUAUGACCGAUGCAGGUCAGGGCCUCACUACUGCCACCAGGCACGCUCUUAUCAACUAUGCAUUGUCCCAACGAACCACGUUACCCGCGGAGUCGGCGCAGCUGUUCGAGCACCCUUCGAUUACAGGUCGCUUUGCCUCACAACUCGACAUGUUAGGGAUGCAGAUUGCCAAUACGCAAGUCCGUCUCUGGACUCUGAGACGGCAAGGUAACUCAACAAAAAACCCUGGACAACGCCGCAAAGCUUUCGAAGAAGUCAUUGCCGACGCGAUUCGGGCCGAUGAGCAGCUCAUGGAUUGGAAACGAAAGAUUCCAAACGCCGUCUGGUUGCCACAAUUCGUGUCUCGUGAGGAUGUGGCCCCUUCAGUCCUUAAUGCAGGCUUCUACGGGAACAAAUGCGCUGUCUGGGCGGACCUGACUUACGCGGACGUGAGCAAUCUCUAUGCAAGUCGCCGUAUCUAUGCGCUCCAGUUGGUCCGCCAAUCUCUGGCGGACGAACCCAGCCUGCUUAUGGACUCGAGAUACCGCGCCAUCCUUGCAAAGGCAAACUCGACCAUCCAGACCCUCGUUGACGCUGUGCUGGAAAGCAUUCCCCUCCAUCUCGGUGACACGGUGGUGCCAACAAACCCAAUCUACUCUGCUGGGGUUUCGUUCCCUUACAAGAUCAUUCGAGACCCAACCACUGGGGAAAUGAAAAGCAUUCCGGAUCUGAUAAGCCGCGACUUCCGUAUGAGGGCUGCGGCAUCCGGGGGAUGGGUGAUAUAUCCUUAUCUACUAGAGAUAUACCGCCUGGCAGAGCCCGAGGAUGACGCCCACCCGGUUUUGCUGAGACCAGGCCAGUUGGAUUGGGUCAAAGGGCAGAUCAAACGCUUGCAGACGAUCUUCUUGUUUUGUGACCCCGUUUGGUGA